AUUAGACAACUUGUUGUAAAGAAUGGUAGAUAUAGUUCAAAAACAUUAACUUGAUUUAAAAUCAACACCUAAUAAAUUCAAAGAUACAAAAUGUCAACCCAUGCGUGUCUAUUGUAACGUGUUUCCAUUAUAUUUUUGAUUUUGUUUGUUUGAGAAGUGUGGUAUGUCUGCUUGCUUUUGCUUCAUGGUACACAGUAUUAUUGUGCUCUUUAAUUUUAUUUCAUGUGAAUUGUGAGCUUUAGAUCUUUUUAAAUUAUUAGUAGUUCUUUAGUGUUAUACAGAAGGAUGACAUGUGAUUGUCUAAUUGUUUGGCAUCUUGGCAACCUCUAGUCUUCUACCAUAUAAAUUUGAGAACCGCACAACAUCCAGUGAAAUGUUCACAAUACCAAGCAUAGCAUGCCUGAUAUAACAAGGCAACAAUUGCUUAAGAAAUGAGGUUUGUUGCUAUCAGGACUAUGUAGAGGCCUUUCCUUCUGAAACCAUGUUAGAUAAUCAAUCCUAUAAAAGCUGAAGAUGAUUACUAGUCAACAUUGCUUAAGAAACUAUUUGAAAAAUAUGUUCUUUAACUUGUCAUUACUAAAUUUAUGCUGUACGUUACUGCUUCGUAUGCAGGUUAAUCCCAGCUUAUAUGGUGAUAACAAUACGCACCUAUUCAUAAAUUGGACGAUCGAUGGUUUUCGGAACACAGGCUGUUAUGAUCACCUUUGUCCAGGAUUUGUGCAAGUUAAUCCUAGAAUUCACCUGGGUGCUACUUUGGGUCCCCUUUCAGUGUAUGACGGAAUUCAGUACGCCAUUAGGCUCCUUGUAUUUAAGGAUCCAACCACUGGAGAUUGGUGGCUAGCAUUUGGAAAAAACAAAGAAGCAGUGGGCUACUGGCCAAAAUCCCUCUUCAACACUUUGAAUGAUCACGCUACUAAGGUUUACAGGGGAGGUUUGGUUAAAAGUCCUAUCAAUGAACCUAGUGCUCCUAUGGGAAGUGGGCAUUUCGCAGCCGAAGGUUUAAGAAGAGCUUGCUACUCGGCGGAUCUUUAUCUUGUCGAUGGCUCAAAUGGCUACAUGCACAUUCCUGAAGAUGAGGUUGAGUUUCGUCAUAGUGAUCCUGGAUGCUAUAGGACUACUAGGUAUCUUACGAACAUGAAUUUUGGCUCCCAAGGUUUCCUUUUCGGGGGGCUGGCAAUUGUGCAUUAAUGAUGGUUUAAUAGUACGUUAGGUUUUGUAUCUAUCUUAACAGAGUAAUGAAGACAUGUUGUAUCACGUUUGGGGAGGUAAUCAAAAUUCAUGGAGUACCUAAUGUUGAUAAAAUUCCAAAAUAUCAGAUUGUAGAUUCUGUGGAGAAAUGCAAUUAUAAGGAAAACCAAGUAAUUGAUGGGCUGAUGCGCAAGGUGCAUGUCCUAAUGUAUAAUAAGGACAAUGUCAACAAUGACCGAAUCAUAAGAAGCAUCACCUGUGCACGUAACAUCCACAAUAUAUAUUUAAGUAUGGAAGAUUAGUGUUCUAACUGAAGCACUAGAAAACAAUCCAAAAAGAAGAAAGAAUCAAUAAACUGGAAAAACAGCCCCAAAGCUCGACAACGAGCACCAUUUCGAACCAUAAAACCCAACAAUCGAGAGCUAAACAAGCUCGAAUCAUAUGUGUAACUGGAAAAACACCCCCAAAGCUCGACAACGAGCAUAAAUUCGAACCAAAAAACCCAACAAUCAAGAGCUUAACAAGCUCCCAUCAUAUGUGUCAGUGGAAAACAACAAUAAUACAUUCUGCAAUAAGUAAAUUACAAAUGAUAGCAUAUAUAAAACUGAUAUGAUAGCAAUAAUAC